AUGCCAUCUUUAAUCAAUACACUUCAUGCUGCACUUGUACUUAGUACAAAACCAAAUGCUCGAAUAAAACAUAUUGAUACUGAGUCUGCUUCAAAAGUUUCUGGUUUUGUAUCAUUUGUCAAUUAUAUUGAUGUACCUGGUUCAAAUAAGACAAAUGGUAUAUUAACAGGUGAAGAAGUAUUUGUAUCGUCCAUUGCACUUUGUAUUGGUGCAAUAAUUGGUGUUGUUGUUUGUGAAACAGAACAUGCAGCUGAAAUGGCUGCAAAUCUUGUUAAAAUUGAUUAUGAAUUAUUAUCUCCAACAAUUUUAUCAAUUGAUGAUGCUAUUAAUUAUCAAUCUUAUUUUGGUGAUGAAAUAUGUCUUCAAAAAGGUGAUAUUGAAAAAUCUUUUAUCAAUGCUGAACAUAUAUUAGAAGAUACAAUUUAUAUCGGUGGUCAAGAACAUUUUUAUAUGGAAACAAAUUCUUGUAUGGUUAUUCCAUCGAAUGAUGAUAAAGAAAUAACAUUGUAUUUGGGAACUCAAAGUGCAAGUUCUAUGCAAGAAUUAACUGCAUUAGUUCUCGGUCGAGAUGUUAGUCAUAUAACAUGUCAUGUAAAACGAGUUGGUGGAGCAUUUGGUGGAAAAGAAUCAAGAUCUUUUCCUCAAUGUCUUGCUGUCGCAGUAGCUGCUGUUAAAGUAAAUCGUCCUGUUCGUCUUAAUCUUGAACGUCACAUCGAUAUAUCUAUAACUGGACAUCGUCAUCCAUAUAAAAUAAAAUAUAAAGUAGGAUUUACAAAUGAAGGUCGAUUUUUAGGACUUGAUCUUCAAAUGUGGAGUAAUGGUGGUUGUACAUUGGAUGCAUCAAGAUCUGUAAUGGAACUUUCUAUGCUUCAUGUAGGUAAUACUUAUCAAUUUCCUAAUAUUAAAAUUCGUGGUUAUGCUUGUAAAACACAUUUACCAUCAAACACAGCUUUUCGUGGUUUCGGUGGACCACAAGCAAUGUUUGCAUGUGAAACAAUUGUUGAACAUAUUGCUGCAUAUCUUAAACGUGAUCCAUUAACUAUUCGUCGUCUUAAUCUAUUUAAAGAAGACGAUACAACUCAUUAUGGACAAGUUUUAGAAUUAUGGAAUGUUCCUCGAAUUUUAGAUGAACUUAGUAAAUCAAGUGAUUUUAUUCAAAGACAAGCAAAUGUUGUUGAAUUUAAUAGUCAGAAUAUUUAUCGAAAACGUGGUAUAUCUAUGAUACCAGUUAAAUUUGGUAUCGGGGGUAUAGUUAAAUUUUUUAAUCAGGCAGGAGCUCUUGUUCAUAUCUACAAAGAUGGUUCCGUAGUACUCACUCAUGCAGGUGUCGAGUUGGGACAAGGAUUACAUACAAAAAUGAUAUCAAUAGCUGCUGAAGUAUUAGGUUGUAGUAUUGAUAAGAUACGAAUUAGUGAAACAGCAACAGAUAAAGUGCAUAAUAUGAGUCCAACAGGUGGAUCAGUUUCGUCGGAUCUUAAUGGAAUGGCUAUAAAAAAUGCGUGCGAACAACUUCGUCAACGAUUAGAUACACUGAUUGUUGAUAAUAAUGUUAACAUUUCAUGGGACGAUCUUGUAAAACAAGCUUAUUUUAAUCGUAUUGAUUUAUGUGCUCAUGGAUUUUAUGCAACACCAAAUGUGUUUGAUUAUGAUUUUACUCAAAAUCAAGCUGCUUACAAUUAUUUUACACAAGGUGCAGCAGUAACUGAAGUUGAAUUAGAUGUAUUAACAGGAGAUUGGCAUCUUUUACGUGUUGAUAUUCUUAUGGAUGUUGGUAAAUCACUCAAUCCUCAAAUUGAUAUUGGUCAAAUUGAAGGUGGCUUUAUGCAAGGUAUUGGUUUAUAUACUAUGGAAGAACUUAUAUGGGGUGAUUAUACAAAAAAUAAAUGGAUUCAACCAGGAAAAUUAUUUACUUGUGGACCAGAUACUUAUAAAAUUCCAUCAUUUAGUGAUGUUCCAAUUGAUUUUCGUGUUUCACUUCUAUCUGAUUCAUUAAAUCCACGAGCUAUUUAUUCAUCGAAAGGUAUUGGUGAACCACCGCUCUUACUUGGUUGUUCAGUUUUCUUUGCAUUAAAACAAGCAUGUAUGGCCUAUCGUGAACAACAAAGUUUAUCAGAUUAUUUUACACUUUAUUCACCAGCAACUGUCGAACGACUUCGUAUGGCUUGUACUGAUGAAUUUACUCGUCGUACAUGUCAUGAUCAACAUGAAACAUUCCAACCGAAUGGAUCUUUUUGA